CAGUUUGGCUCAGCCAUGCCCCUUCACUGCACUACAGAAACAAAUGAUUUUGUACCUCUGCAAAUGUGCUCUGCAGAGUUGGUUGCCUGAGCUUGUGGUGGUUUCUUAAACGUGCUCUUUUAACAUGAGAAGGGAGAGCAGGUUAAUCGUUUGGAUCUGGUGGAUUGUGGUUGUGACAGCUUUGUUUUUGCUGGGCUUUGUCAUAGGUAAGUAAACUAUCACAGAAACUAUUUCUGGACAAAUUUGUAGGGCUGUUUGCGGUACAUCUGGUUUCAAUAAAAAGUAUAGCUUAGCUGUGUUGCAACAGUGAAAAUAUUGAGAUACACUUGUAAAUCAAAUCUACUCAGAGUUGCACUAAUGUGUGCGCUCGUCUCAGUUUGCCACUAUUCUGACACAUUUCACGUCUGCUUGCUCGCUGCAGGUUAACACAUACUGUCCAUAACCACGACUCCAUUUGAAUAUGAUUUACCUUAAUGGCACAGCCAGACAGUGAAUGUAGAGAUACUUUGUAUGCUUCUCCCUCCUUUGCCUAUCUUGUACCACUGUAAUUUAAUCUUCGAAAGGGUAAUUUUAACCACAUCAUGAAGUCAUGAGGUGGUAAUAGACUUAAAUAGAGAACUAACACUGAUGUCAUUCUAACUUAAUGUCUGGUUUGUCUGUGUGUUGAUGUGUUUGUGUGAGUUGCAGGCUGGUUUGCAAAGCCGACACAUCCAAAUGCCGCAAACAACGGUGCAUCCAGCAAAUACCUGAGAGAAUUUCUGGAUGAAAUGAAGCCAGAACACAUCAGAGAGCAUCUCAGGUACAAAAAUAAAGCACUGACGAUCAUUUAAUUUUUCUCCAUAAAAGUAAUGCAGUCCUUAUUCAGUGAGGGUUAUUCAUAAAACAAACUGGUUCAAAUCUCGUUAAGAGUUCUUUGAGUCCAUACAAAGGGAACAGGGAUUACACCAUGACAACUAUUUAAAGGUUGCCAUGGAAUUUGGUGAUGAAAUGUGUAUUGUCCCUCAAGCAUGAUUGUUGUAAUUUCCCAGAAUAUUCAGGUUACAAUCUCUGUGACAGGUCAAACCUUCUUCUUGAUAAGGGAUCUAAUUUAAACUGAUGAUAAAACCCCUGACUUUAACCUCUUGACCCUUAUGACUCUUCAGCAGAUGAGCCAGAAUCUGGGCUAAAAGCCAAACUUCCUCAACACACAUCUUCAACACAAAUUCAGCAGGGGUUUGAACAUUUACAAAGAUACUAAAAACAGCCUUUAGUGUAAACAUUAGAAACAUAAUAAACAUCAUCAUCAACAAAUAUGCUGCCCUAUGGGAAAUUUAAGUUAAGAAACUGUCAGUCAGAGAUUUACUGUACAUCUCUCAAUAGAUUUCAAGAUGAUCAAAUGUAUGAACAAUGUAAAAGUUAGUAUUGAAUAAUGCUAAAAUGACCAUAUUCACACAUGUAGAAGAAGCUCACAAACAACUUCAUUACUUCAACAAAACAGUGUAAAGUCUCAGUCUUACAGAAGUGACAAGGUAAAAUUAAUUUAAAGGACAAAACCAAAAGCAUGGUGUAAAACUCUAUAAUGUAUGAUGGCUGAGUUCAUUUAUUUCUUUAAUGUAAUAGUUCUUGUAUUGCACAUUCAACUUGACUGUCACCUCUUUGCACUCCUGAAAAUUCCCAGACAUUGUCCAGGUGGUAAAAGAUGUGUAAACACAAUGUCCAGAAGACAUUCAUUCCAAUCUUGUGAAGACUCUUUCCCAUCAACCCCCUUGUGACUUGUUAGCGUAGGGCCAGAUUUUGUUGAUUACUAACUAGGAAACAUUUACUGUUUUCAAUGAAAUCUCACUUUCCUGGACAAUCAAACAAAGUGCUCACUUACCCGUUGUCAACAUUUAUAUUCUGUACAUAAUAGUUACCAUGUCACUAAGUGCCUACAGUGUCUUCACAGGAAAUUUACCCAGCUUCCCCACCUGGCUGGUACUGAGCAGAACCUGAGGUAUGCAGAGCAGAUCAAGAAAGAGUGGCUGGAGUUUGGCCUGGACUCAGUAGAGAUGGUGCCCUAUGACGUCCUGCUGUCCUAUCCCAACAAAUCAAAGCCCAAUUACAUCUCAAUCGUUGAUCAUCUUGGCAAAGAGGUAUCUAUAUUAGCUCAACUCUUUUUCAGUGACACUGAUGAACAUUUCAGGUUCAACUCUUCUGCUCACGUAUACGCAACCUGUCUUGACUCAUGUCUGCAACCCCUGUAAUCUUUGAACAAUAUCAUCAUUAUAGGACUGUUGUCAUAUGCUCCAUUUUGACAUAGUUUAUUACACUACUGCCCUCUGUUCACAUUGAAUGACUGACUUUAAUGUGUGCUGUAGUCUCAUAAAUGCCAAACAUUUUGUGAAAGUAACCAAUUUUUUCCACUGGAAGCACUGAUGAAAAAUAUUCGAUUUUCCACACUAAGGAUAAAAAAAAAACUCCCAAGGGAUUAAAAAUGUUCUCACACACAUUCACAAAAACUCUUCUUUGUUCUAAACUUCUGGCUUCUUCUCAACUGUUUGGAAAUAUAAGAAAAUAAGCCAAGUCCAACUACAGGUCCUAUUUCUACCUCUGUUACCCACAUAGCUGCAGGACAGCUGGUUAGGGUCCAAAGUCCUUUUAUAGCCUUGCUGGGAGAUAAAACUUCUGAAUAGAGAUAAUAACACAACACAGAGGCAGAAUGACAAAAACAAACAAAGGUCUGGGUGGCACGAAGCAUGCAGGUUGGGGGAUACAUUUUGGGCCUGACAGAGUUUACCCCUCAGCUAAUUCAGAAACACAUUUCAGCUUAAAAACAUUCACUGAGUUGCGCACAAAUGUCGAGUUGAUGCCAUGAUUUGUGCAGUAACCAUGUUAGUCGACACAUUGCAGCCACACAGAUAAUGAGCGUUCAUAUCCCAGCCAUAGGCAGGACAGAGUCAGCCCAUAUCUGCAAUGACUCAUAUAAUCUGUUUUGUUAUAUUUAUACUUACAACACUAUGAAAAUUACUUUCAGUCGCUGUCUUGCAUUACUGAUGUUACCUAAAGUAUGUAUUGUAAGGGUCCCCUAUUAUGAAAAAUCCACUUUUGGGUGGUUUUCUACCAAUAAUAUGCAACCCCUCUCAACAUGAAAAAAUGUCAUUCUCUCCCGCUCUCUUGCUCUGAAAAUAUGAGUCCAAACAGGCGGAUGGAAAAGCUGUGCAGUUAUGACUUCAAAACCACAUAAGCCUCUCCCACAUGUUGGUGGCACUGCCCCCGAUAAUCGUUAGCCAAGCCCUCUAAAACUUCUUUGCUGAAGUAGCAUCCACCAUUUUUUCCCCUCGCAUAUGCCGCUCCGGUACAGCAAUAACCAUGUCAAAGCUACGACCCAGCUGCUGCUUGGUUCUCGGCUGCACAGACAGGAGUCUUUUUCUGCCGCCUUCAUUGGAAGAUUUGAGGAGCCAGUGGAUUAAUUUUAUUUUUGAUGGAUGUGACAUAAGGAGAGAAAAUUUGGUCUAUUAAUUGUCACUUUCACUAACUGAUAACCAAGAAAAAGAGAUACCAACACAAAUACCUGUACUCCUACAAAUCAAAACAUAUCUUUUCCAGUUUCUAGGGACAGCUGAAUAAAAAUAUUUUGGUAUUUCAGUGUAAUUUCUUAAAUCUUGUUCUGUUAAUUCCUGCUCUUUCAGUUAAUAUUGUACAUUUUGGGAUGGUUUAAGUUAAUGCACAUGAUGCAAUGAUAAAAAGCAGAGUCUUACCUGUAUUAAAGAUGUUCAAUUUAAAAUGGAACAGCAGCUAUGGACGUCAGAUAAAUGCAUCCUGACUUCUUCUGAAGACAUUUCCUGUGAAGACAUUUGAAUUUUAAAACAUCUAGUGUCAUAAACAAACAAGUCUGUCUGAUCUAAGUUAAUAUGGUUAUACUUCAUCUUCUGGACAGGUUUUCAACACUUCCUUGGCUGAACCGGUUCCAGAGGGCUAUGAAGGUGUUUCUGACAUUGUGCCUCCAUACAGCGCUUUCUCUGCCAAAGGACAACCUGAGGUACAUACUAGACACAUAAAUGUACUGAAAUAACUUUAUCAAAUUAAAUAGAAUUUAACUGUAACCAUACCUGCCCUUACUCACGUCAGUCUGUCUACUAAAGAAACAACCAAAAAGAGUCCUUUUCCUGUCUUUCUCUCCAGGGUGAACUGCUGUACGUGAAUUACGGCCGUACAGAGGACUUUUUCCAGUUAGAGCGGGAGAUGGGCCUUAGUGCUGCUGGGAAGAUUGUCAUUGUCAGAUAUGGGAAAAUUUUCAGAGGCAAUAAGGUAAGAGAGUGUUAAGCACUCCUGUCAUGAUGUACAGUAGAUGUGUUUACUUCCAUUUCAAACACAAACAGCCCUGAUUUUAGUUCAGAUGCACUUCCACAAACCUCAAAAAUAUCUUCAGUGUUCAUCUACAACAACCAUUAAGGAAAGUGAAACUGAAAAAUGAGCUGCUGCUCUCUUUCUGCUUUGCUCCACCAGGUGAAGAAUGCAAUAUUAGCCGGAGCAAAAGGGAUCAUUAUGUUCUCAGAUCCUGCAGACUACUGGGCUGUCGGGGUUCAGGUAGAGAGAUCCGCUAAAUCUCUAAAUUUUUUAAUGUUGUAUAAAGAAUAAAUCUGGGGAUUCAAAUAAAGCCUGUGCAACUGUCUAUACACAGCCCUACCCUGAUGGCUGGAACCUGCCUGGUGGAGGAGCUCAGAGAGGAAAUGUUCUCAACCUGAAUGGAGCAGGAGACCCACUAACACCGGGGUACCCUGCAAAAGGUUUGUGUCUUUGCGUGCCUGUAAGUUCAGUGUAAGUUUUCCUGUGUGACCUUACUGAGCAUGGUGCUGUUUCCUCAUUCACAGAAUAUACGUACAGACUCAGCCUCAGGGAUGGAGUGGGACUGCCCAAGAUCCCUGUGCAUCCCAUUGGCUUCCAUGAUGCAAUUCAUCUACUAAAGUACCUUUACUUUUUUCUAUCUGUUUUUGGUCCUCUGCCCUUUUUCAUCAGUCUGUGCUAAAUUUGAAGUCAACCUAUAUGAUAUUUAUUUAUUUGGAUCUCCAUUAGCUACUACCCAAGUAGCAGCUACUCUUCCUGGGGUCCGCAAGAAGACAGUAACAUUCACAUAGAUUACAAUGACAAUAGUUCAAACAGGAGAAUUAUACAAGAUGUUACAAUUAUGUUUGCAUCUACAAAAGACACCAAUAAAGGCCAAGAUAAAUCUACUAGUAAUUAAAAAAGUAAUCUCAUUGGCAUACAUUGUAUGUUUUCACAGCCCAGUCUAGGUGUUCUGUUUCCUUUUGCAGCGAUAAAUAAAGUAACUUCACCAUGACAGUGUUACAUAGAUGGUCACCAAAAAAAUACGUACUGGGUGUAAAAUUAAAGAUACCUUAUUUGUGGAGAAAUUUAAGUCAAAUGGAAGGACUGGCAGACAUCCAUAGAGCCAAACAGCUCAAAUGGAUUAAAAAAACCCUGAAUCUUAUUGUUGAAACUCAUAAAAGAAGUUUUUGAUUGGAUAUAAGAUUAUCUGCCAAAAAAGUAAAACUCCAUUUUUACUUUUAUUACAACAAAUAUUCACAAUCUAUGAGUGAUAGAUUCGAGGAGGUAUGACUUUGCCCACAGAAGAAGCCAAGCAGAAAGUCCCUCACAGAGACCUUCAACUCAAUGCAGAUUUUAAGACACAGUUGAUCAUAUUAUUUCUGGGAAAUGAGCAUUAUUUACCAUUCAACAGGAACAUGGGUGGACAAAUACCACCCAACAACUGGAAAGGAGCUCUGAACGUCUCCUACAGGAUUGGUCCGGGCUUUACGGAUGACUUCAAGAACCAGUAAGUGCUCAAGUGAAGCUCUAUUCAUGUCCAGUAUUUAAAUGAUCACUUAACCUUUUUAUCCAUUGUGAUGAAAAUCCCCUCAUUAGUCUGCAGCCUCUUUUACCACUGUUUCACUGCUGUCUACACUCUGUGUUUGAGUGUUUGAAUAGAGGCACCGCUUUUGUUGCUCCUUUUCUCUUGCUGAGCUUUAAUGACCCGUGUGGCAAGUGGCCAACUGAAGUACAAAGAAGGGCCUUGUAUCUCCUGUGUGUGAGAGACAUAUGUAAAUGACACAAACAAACUAUUACUGCUUUAUUAAUUAAGAAAACAUUGAAACAUGAAGCAGCUGUUCAUUGUAAAUCCAAAUGUUAAGAUACGUUUCUUUAAUGAAUGUAUCACUGCUUUCUUUUUUGUUGUUGUUGAGGUCUAGGUCAUCUGUUUCUUGUCUGCCUUUCACUCAUCUGUGUGUCUUUCUCUCCACACAGGACGGUGCGUAUGAACGUCUACACUAACAACCAGGUAACCAGGAUCUACAAUGUCAUCGGCAAGAUAAGAGGAGCUCUGGAGCCAGGUAACACAACCCAGUCUGCUCUAGUACUGUAUAUUUGAGCAAGCUUUUAGCAACUAUAAAUACACAGUCAAUGCUGGUAUCAGUAAUAUUGUAAAACAUUAAAACAGGAACAGAAAUCCUAGCUUUAUGAAUAAAUUAGAGCAUACCUUUUUCUCAAUUUUCAUUUUUUUUGUUACGCAUUGUUGCUUCUGGUUUUGUUCACAGACAGAUACGUGAUUCUCGGGGGGCAUCGGGAUGCUUGGGUGUUUGGAGGAAUUGACCCCAUGUCUGGUGCUGCAGUGGUCCAUGAAACUGUCAGGAGUGCUGGGAGACUAUUAAGUAAAGGUACGGCUGAAGAGGUGUGUACUAGUGACCUGUGGCAUCUAUCAUCUAGGUCAAAUGUCUGUCUGUUGAAGGAUGGAGGCCCAGGAGGACGAUAAUAUUUGCCAGCUGGGAUGCAGAGGAGUUUGGACUGCAGGGAUCUACUGAAUGGGCAGAGGUAUGAAUAAACAAACCCAUACCCCAUCACAUUAACACAUUUUAACAAACAGAGGUUUACCAUACUUCCUUAUUUACAGGAUAACGCCAAGCUGCUGCAGGAGAGAGCUGUUGCCUACAUCAACGCUGACUCUGCCAUCGAGGGUUAGUGCGUUUACUUUCUCUCAAUAAGUAAUCACUAAUGUUCAGUUUUACUGUUUGUGUGAGAUGUGGGUGUAUCAAUUACAGGUAUGUACACUCUGAGGGUUGACUGCACGCCGUCACUACACACUUUGGUGUACGACCUCACUAAACAGGUGAGCACACACUCAAAAAAGGGAGUAUAUGGAAUGGACUGAGUAAAUCUGGUGAUUCAUGCUCACUCUCAUGCUGCGUUUCUUUCGUCUACUUUUGUGUUUCUCUCUUUCGGUCCAUGUUUGCAUGUAGAUAGACAGUCCAGAAGAAGGGGAAGAUGGAGUUUCACUAUAUGAGAGUUGGCAUAAGAGGGACAACUGGACGAAUGACCGGGAUGCACCAAAGUACAGUUGAAAAACCUUAAACUAUCAAGAGACGUGGAAAUCUAUUUUAAAAAAUGACUUAAUCUGUUGUUCUUUCAUUCUGUUAUUUUAAAGGAUCAGUAAACUCGGGUCAGGAAGUGAUUUUGAGGCCUAUUUCAUUCGUCUGGGAAUCGCUGCAGGCAGAGCGAGAUACACCAAAAACAAGGUGAGCCAUACUGCAUUUGAAGAUACACAGAUAUGCAUAAAAAAGGAGAUUAAUUCUGAUUCACAUCUAACUAUAUGUGACUGUUACGUCUUUGUGAGUGUCUGUAUUUUGUGGGAACCGUAUAAAACAUAUCCUAAGUACAUUUGAGUGAAUUGCAUCCAGCUACACUGAUUUAACUUGUUUGGCUGGAUAUGACAGUUGAACAUCCCGACUAACAAUAUUCAUUUCACAAUUCAUGUAUUCGUGUCUUCAGAAAACAGAGCGGUACAGCAGCUACCCGGUCUAUCACAGUGUUUACGAGACCUUCGAGAUAGUGGAAAAGUUUUACGACCCCUCCUUUAAGAGGCUACAAGCAGUGGCUCAAGUGAGAGGCGGGCUAAUCUUCCUCCUGGCUGACUCCCAGCUCCUCCCGCUUGAUGUAAACGAAUAUGCAGACUCACUGAGGAAGUACGCACAGAGUAUCGCACAGCUGGCACAGAGGCACCCAGAAGAGAUGGAGCUGUAUAAAGUGACGUUUGGUGAGUGUAUUUUGGUCACUGCGUGUUCAGACUAAAGCAACUAAAAAAUGAAGCUUCAUUUUAAUCAAACUGAUUUAAUGAGUGAGAAACCUGCAGACUUAUAGAUCUCUCAUUUGAACUUGUUGCAUUUGAAUCAUUUCACCCAUCUGUUUUCAGAUUCUUUGUUUUCUGCUGUGGAAAACUUCACGGUUGCAGCCAGUGGCUUGCAUGAGCGCCUGCAGACUCUUAACAGAGCAGAGUAAGGGGGUGAUGAUGAUGGUGUGCAUGCUCUAGUUUAUCCACUCAUAAAGUGUGUAACAAUUUUAGAUGUAUUAUAACUUCAUAAGCUGCACAAUGUAAUGAAAUUCAAUACAGCAGCUCUGAUAUAAAUUUCACCCUCAACAAAGAUCCUUAAAGUUCAAUAAUCCUGAUAAUUUUAAGUUUAUUUUGUUCAUUAUUGAACUAAAAGAGUGCAAUUGUCUUUAUUUUUUUAUAUACAUUCAUCUAAAUAAAGGCAAAAUGUGAUGAGAACUGUCAUUUUCACAAAGUACUUUACCUCAAUGGAUCAUUACCCUAACGCCAAAUCAGAUUAACAAUGACUAUUUGAAAUUAACUUUCUUUUAAGAGGAUUAUGUGGCAAAGGGAUGUUGGACAGCAUGUCUGAUAGUUCAGAAAUAGUGUUCACUGAGGAUGAGAUCAAUCUAUUUGAAGCAGUCAGAGGUUUAAUUGUGUGUGUGUGUGUGUGUGUGUGUGUGUGUGCGCGUGUUCCAGUCCUCUGCAGGUGCGUGUUAUGAAUGAUCAACUCAUGUAUCUGGAGAGAGCCUUUAUAGACCCACUGGGCUUACCUGGCAGACCAUUUUACAGGUGAGUGAUGCACAUGCUAAAACACAUAUGAAGACACACGAAUACCCUCUCACACUACCUCUGCACAUUUUACAUUUUGUUAACAUGCUUCAUAUGGCGGUGUAUCAGUAUCUAAUUCAGUAUGAUUCAUUUAUGAAGUAACUUUUUGAUGGUCAUAAGUACUUCAACUCUACUUUACUUUAAAGCUCCUAUGAGGAAAUUUCUGUGUGUUGACUUCGGUGCCCCCCUGUGGACAAAAUGCUAUGCUGAUUUCACCUAAUCUUUCUGAAAGUAGGAUUUUGUCUUUUUAAAAUUAAACUCAUCGUUUACCAUGAAUAUUUAGCUGAGCAGCAAAGGUUGUUUCUUCAGUGUACCUACUCCCUCACAACAGUGACGGAUAUUAAAAUCAAAAGGUGGAGAAGGGUCUCGUGUGCUUUUGAGAUGCAUCACUUUGACAAAAACUCCUCACAUGAGCUUUAAAGGGAUAUUUCGGCGUAAAAUGAAAUUAGGGUCAAACACACCGAAACACCGAGUUAGACACCCCGUCGAGAAAUGAAUGUUGCCGACCACUUGCUCCUCUAGUUAUACCAACUUUAGUAACGACCGCAGAUAGCAAUACAGAAAGUCAUGUGCUCAACCAAAAAGCCACUCUAUAGCCAUGAUUUCUUUAGCAAAGAGACCUCCAGGCGAGACUACAGCGAGGUGACGCAGCUCAAGGAAGAACAUUUAUGAUCAUUACUUCAUGGAAAUGUAAUCAGACUGAGAUGCUAAGGCAGAAGAACUACCGCGUCUGCAGUGCAAAAUGAUCAAUAUGAUGUUUAAAGAAUCAGCAACAAUCCCUAGUAUAUCACUAUUGACCUGUCUUAGCAGCAAAUAUGUCAGAUUUUUCUGACACAUCAAAACUGUCUGAAGUUUUUCAGGUGAAUACACUUUGACACACAUCUUCCCUCCUGACCUUGUUUCAAAAACUACCACACAAAGAUCUCGACUCUGGUGCUUCUUGAAUACUUUCUUUAACAAAUCUUCUGUUCCGUUUCAGACAUGUGAUUUUUGCCCCUAGCAGCCAUAAUAAAUAUGCAGGCGAGUCUUUUCCUGGGAUCUAUGAUGCAUUGUUUGACAUUGAGAACUCGGCUGACCCACAGAAGUCCUGGGAGGAAGUCAAGCGUCAAAUCAGCAUCGCAACUUUUACUGUUCAUGCUGCUGCCAUGACCCUAACACCACCAGCAUGAAGCAGCGAGAGAAGAAAACUGAGUGACUUGCACUGCACACAGAAAUGGACAAUCUUUGUUCUUGAUGCAGUCCAGAAUUGCAUGCAGCUAUUACAGGUAAAAAAUUAACAAACUUUCUUGCAAUUUUUGGUGUCUGAUUUGUAGUAUGGCUGCAGAAAAAUUAUAAUUUAUGAAGUUUGUUUAUCAUGUUGUUUUGUAUCAGUAUUAUCUGGCUAAAAUCAAUCCUGCUUUUAUAUGUGGUGAAAUAAACCUCUUAUCACCUCCAUGUGAUAAACUGAGAAACAUGUCAUGUUAUGUCAUAGACCGCACAUGAAGUUUUAUACAUGUAUGUAUGUGUUAAACCAAGCACAGAUAAUUCCUCAUUUUGUUUGUGAUAACAGAUUAACAAAGACACACUUAUUUAUAUACACAAUUACUUUUUUUGCUGAAAAAACUACAGCCAGACUUCAUUGGGUUUAAAAAACUUUCAACAGACUGUUUUUUUGAUUGUACAAAGUGACCACAAAAGCCUAACAAAGAAUAAUGACUGUUUGACAUGUCGGGUGACGACCAGUGGAGGGCACCAAAGUUGUUUAAAACUCCCCAUAGACAACUUUUUCUUGAAGAACUUUAUUUUGACUGAAGAGUAGGAUGUUUACUUACCUUACUAAGUGUAUACUUUAUGGAAUUUUUUUUUUCUUUCCAAUACACUCUUGGAUUUUUUUCCACCUGAAAUAGUAAGAUACAAACAGCAGAGUUAAUCAGUAACAAUGUGAUUUUAAGUCACAGAAUCAACAUUGGAUCCUCCCUUAUGUUCACACAGUGUUUAUUUGCCCCCUUAUCAGCCUCUUUUAUACAGGUGCAAUGUGUGGUGUUUAUAUAUUUCCACUGUACCCUCUCACAUAUGUGAGCCUGUGUCAGAACUGUCCGGUAGUUUUUAACAUUUUCAACAGUCUGUUAAUGUGAUAGGGAAACUAUAUUUUCAUGGCACUGGCUCUGUAUCACUCAAACUGCGAAUACAAAAUACGUUUUUUUCCCCCGCAACCAUCAUAGUUAUCUGCAUUAGCUUUUCCUCCUCAUUCUUUGUUGGAAUCACAAACAUGUCUGGCAUUAAAAUCUGUUUAUGAAAAUA